CCCUCAUCGCGAAUAAUGGCACGGAGGCCCCGUCAGUAGAGGAAUAUUACACGAGCCUGGAGUCACGGAUUGGGUAUUGGUUGUUAUUGGGAAACACUCGACACUGCGGGCUCUACCCAAAACGCCAGCUGUGGCCCUUCCCGAUCAGCAGAGCGCAACGAGCUAUGGAGGAUCUAGUAUACGACAAGCUCGGUCUGAGCCCCGGAUCGUGGGUUCUUGACGCAGGCGCGGGGUCAGGGUAUGUGGCUAUGCAUAUGGCAGAAAAGGGAUUGAUGGUCCAAGCUGUCGACAUCACUUCUCUGCACCUGCGAGAUGCCCGACGAAAUGUUCGAAAGCGGGGACUUGAAGACAAAGUUUCAGUCUCCUGGGGAGACUUUCAUGAUCUAGCGGAGUUUUCGAAUGGCUCAUUUGAUGGCAUCUACACCAUGGAAACAUUUGUGCAUGCAGAAGAACCCUUCAAGGUGCUGCGGAAUUUCUACCGACUGCUUCGGCCUGGGGGUGUACUGGUUCAUAACGAGGCAGACUUCAGCCGCAAUUCCCCCCUGCUCCAGGACGUGCUCCGCCUCUCGCACUGCCCAAAUACCCAAGAGCAAGGAGCUCUCACCGCGAUGUUGCAGGAGGUUGGUUUUCAGGAUAUAGAGUUGGAGGAGUUGUCCGACGAGGUACUUCCUCUAUGGCGAUUAUUUGGCAUCGUUGGUUUCGUGCCAUACAGGAUUCUUUAUUUCCUCGGGAUUCACACUCGUUUCACCAAUUUGAUGGCUGGCGUCGAAGCUUACUUGCAUUGGGAAGAGGGAAGGUAUAUCUCAGUUAGAGCAGUAAAGCCUUGA